AUGAGAUCGAAACUUGCGCUCAUUUUGAUCUUUCUAUCACUUGUUAUGUUAUCAUUGGCUGACCACAGCUCGGAAUCAUCUGACGACGAUCAUUCAAGCAAAGAAGAUCACUCGGGAGACGAUCCAGAAGAUGGGAAGACUGAAGAGGAUUCUGGAAAAAAUAAAGAGAAGGAAAAGAAUAAGAAAGAAGAUAAGAAUAAGGACAAGCACGAAGAGGCUAACUAUGACGAUGAUGAAGACUCAAAACUGAAUACGUGGGACAUUGAUGCGGCUUUUGUUGGAACUGAACCAACGAAGAAACCAGGAGAAGUCGAUAAUUCCGAGAAGACAACUGUCGAACCACUGGGUGGAUUAUUCACUCCUGGGCCAUCCAGCUUUUGGAAUGAAGUAUUUGGAAAUGGCGGAUCCGGAGGAAAAUCCGAUAGCUCUGCAACUAGUGCGCCUGCCGAGACCACUGAAACUCCAGAAGAGGAUUCUGAGAAUGAUAACGGAGGAUCACCGCAAGGACAUGAGGGAUCUCAUGGUACGGUCAGUGGAAAUCCAUUCUAUCCAUAUCCUCGUCCAGUUGAUGUCUGGGAUCGUCUCAUCGUUCUCGCUGCUUUUCCAAUUUGUUUCUUCGCUCUCAUGCUCAAAGCAGAAAUGUUUCGUUGA